CAAAUUGUUUUAUAACGAUUCUUUUUAAUAGAGGUUAUGGUUGGAAAUCAACUUAUUUUUUUAUGAUUUAGAACGUGUAUUCAUACACGUAGACAUAAACAUUUAAAACAACGUAGGUUUAUCGAUACACGAAUUAUUGAAAAUUAUGUUAAUGUUAAGAAUAUCAUGCAACUGAUAACGUUAUAUAAUUGUUACUGAUGCAAAAUUUUAGUCUUAUUCAAUUUUUAAAAAAUAGAAAUGUUGGUAAAAACUAAAAGGAAAUUAGCUACUGCGCAAGAGACACACACAAUUAUAUCCAAGUUGAAACGCAACAUAGAAAAGGAUAUUCUACCGCCAAAGCCAAAGAAACCAUUAACUCCAUUUAUACAGUAUUGCAUGUCUACAAGAAGCAAAUUGCAAAAAGAGAAUCCCAACUACUCCUACAAAGAUAUUGUAAAAAAGGCGUCAGAGCAAUGGACAGAACUCGAUCCAGCGAUAAAGCAAAAUUUGCAGAAACAGUUUGCAGAGCAACAUUCUAUAUACAAACAAAAAUUAAUGGAGUAUGAAAACUCCAUAACUAGUGAUCAAAAGAUGCUAGUAAAGGAAGAAUUAAGAAAAAAGGAACUUGCCUGGGAAAAAAAUCAAAUUAAACAGAAACUUGUGGCACUCGGGAAACCAAAGCGACCAUUAAAUGCCUUCUACUUAUUCGUGCAGAGUAAAAGAGUUACAAAAGAUCCACUAACGCCACAAAAGGAUUGGAUGAGUAAGAUAAGUAAGGAAUGGAAAGAUAUGACAAUGGAUGCUAAGAACAAAUAUGUCACAGAAGCGACAAAAUUGUUUGAGAAUUAUAAGGUUGAUGUGAAAAAAUGGGAGCAAGAUAUGAUUCAAGCAGGACAUCAUGAUUUGCUGAAACCCAGUAUUAAAUCUAAACGUGAUACCAACAUUGACAAAAAUAAAAAAUAGGAUUUAGAGUGCCCCAACCAAAUUAAAACAGAACAAAUCAUUGAAUCCAUCACUACAGAUCACUCGGAUGUCAGAACCCAGAUAGAGGAUAAUGAUAAAACAGGUUGGGGCACUAAUAUUGCACAUCGUGUACCCAGGAAGAUUUACGACGAUGUUAACACUGAUCAACAUUACGGAUCUACAAAAAGCUUAGUACUUUACGAUAACAGAAAGAACUUACAAUAUUUAAUGAAGUAUUCAAAAGACGCGGCAAAAGAUGCAUCAAAAAAUUAUGAUAUUAAAUCAGAGAGGCAAGUUCGUGACACGUACACCCAGAUGUACAAAUAUUUUAUCUCUUUGUGGAACAGAUUAUCAGCUAUACUGUGUAUGAAAAAGAUUAGUAGAAAUUGGAAGAUGAGAAGUAUAUACUAAAACAAAUGGACUAUCACACUGGCGUUACCAGCAGACGCAGCUAAUGGUUUUUCAUGUUUUCAACAUUUUACAUAUCGAUCAUAUUUACACGACUAAUAAUUUGUGUCUUACAUUGAAAUAAUUAUCAAUUGUUUUAAAGGAUUGACAUGGUCCCAUCUUUGCUUAUACAUGUAAUCGUGUUACAGUAUUUAUAAGUUAUAAAUACUUCAUGUACUUACACAGUCUGAACAGCAGUCAUAGAUUAAUGCUUUCAAAGAUAUUUCAUUUUUAUUUUUUUACACAGGGUGUAUUAACAAAAGUGACUAAUACUGAAUUAACUAUGGAGUUUAUAAAAUGUCUAAAUAUCGUAUAUAAGUUACUAAUAUAAGAAAAAUUUUUAUACGAACGUAUAUAAAUGUGCAUGGAACUAAUUUGGCGUAUCUAUCAUAUACACAUGCAUUGGUGUACAAACAUGACUGUUGGUUGCACUGCAAUGAGAAUAGCAUUCGAUUUAUUUUAUUCGAUUUUCGAAUGUAUAUUAUUUUUGAAGCAUCUUUUUCGAGAAAGAAUGUCGAAUGAUUUUCAAUGUCAUCUGUUCUCCAAAAUGUAUGAUAAAUAAACAACGGUCACAUGAUAUGU